UCGAAAGGAAGAACAAGGUGCUCUCGUUUCAGGAUCCCAUCAUCCACCGCCUUCAUCGCAGCUGAGAACUCCCCGUCAUCCUCCUUCUUACGGCCCUUUGUUAUCAUUAUUAUUACAGUCAUUUUUUUGUCGACGGUUGAACACGACAUCCUUCGGACAAUGCCCACUUCUCUCGAAUCAGCCCGCCCAAUUAUGGCGCCCUCGACUCGCACGUCGACACGGGCUUCGGUCCGCUACAGCGUCUACUCUACCGCCCCGACCAUCCAGACCACUGCCACGAACGACAGCGCCGUUGCCGAGAUCCAGAACAUCGGGGAGAGCAUCGAGCGCCUGGACAAGGGGAACAAGAGGCUGAGCGAGCAGCGUGUUGAGCUCAACACGGACCAGCAGACCGUCUUCCAGAAGCUCGCCCUGGGCGCCAAGUUAGAACGGGCCCUGGGCAGGCGCAUGAGCGGCCAGGACGCUGUCAUGCGGCAGCGUGCCCCCUCAAAAGCUGGUCAGAAGAAGGGUCUGAGCGAGAAGGACGGGGAGAAGAUCGCCGCCGCCGCAUAGAACACCAAAUUCUUUCUCGAAUGAAUAUACGUGUACUUGGACAUUUUGAACGACAACGAUAACGGCAUCUCCACAGAACCACGCCGACGGAACAAGCCAGUUGCAUUCCGGACCAACAACAUGAAAGGGGAAGAAGUCGAAAGCGGCCAAGGGCCCCCGGAGCUUUCAUCAAUCACAAGAAGCACCCAACCCGCGGCGUGGGUGCCUUCAGUGUAAAUUUUCAUGAUUAUGGCUUUACACAAUUGGAGACAGAGAGAGAGAGAGAGCGGAGGAGAAAGACAAGAGAAGGUUCGUCACUCCUAAGUAUAUUGGUCAUCACGAAGCCGGAUGAGACCAUACUUGAAGGUCCAUUAUCCAUGUCGGCAUGGGACAGCAGGUCAGGAGGAAACUAGCAUUGCAAUUGUUCUUUAUGUUUUGUUUGCUUUACUUUUCAGGAGAGGCGGGAACCGGCCAAGGAAGAGAGGCCUGGAGUCGAUCAGCGAGAGUGUUUAUACCCAUCCAGCAAGGGGACAGACAAGUGAGCUGCGUCACAAUGAAAUCAAAUCCAUAUCUAGUCCCCAGGAAAGGCGAGUGCGGUGGACAUCAGCAUGUACUUUUGGCUCCCACUUUUUCGUCCAUUUGGGCAGUCUGGCGUCAGGACACAAUAUACCGAGAGGAUUUCAAUC